AUGGAAGAGCGAAACGAACAUGGUGAAGGUAGCCUAUGUCAGAUCUGGGCAUCUGAGGAGACCCCAUCACCAUUGAGCAGCCGCGUGUCGCUCGAGCCACAUGAACAACCGCUUGCACUCCGGUCAAGGACUACCAUCGAGGAAUCCGUUGACAAUCACUAUGCCGAGCCUAAAGAGUCGCUGAGAGAACCACAGUUGCCGAGACCAGAAACAUCUUCAUCUUCAAGCACCUCCGCUCCUUCGAUUUCAGGAUCAACAGAGCCGUUGCCGUUCAUGUCCGAGUCUGUCCCGCAGGCAAUUGAAUCUCUGAAACAGACUCCUGACCAGUCUGUCGUUCCAAAAGGUGACAGUGAUCCGCACGAUGCGCCCACAUCGACCGUGACAACAGCAAGCACGGUGUUCGGAACCACGCUGGAGGAAAGCAUGUGCCACGCCGGCGUGAAAGUCGGUGUAAUAGACAGGUGGUUAUCUUCACAUGGGGCACCAACAACGAUGCAAGGUCAUGUUCCGAUUGUGGUCAGCCAGUGCUUCAAGUUUCUACAGGCGAAGGAGACUCGAGGCCUGUCUGUACAGCUUCCGAGCCUGCGACGACGAAACGUGGAGAAAAGAUUGAACAAAUUGCGCCGCGCAUUUGAAAUUGCGGCGAAAGAUGGAACGGAGCUGACGCCAGAUCUGCUUCACCGGGGAGGCUUUAACGACCAGGACAUGAAGGAUAUACUGCUGUCUUACCUUUCCUCACUUCCAGAAAGGCUGGUUCACUGGGAGGUCAACUCAGACCAAUUCAGCUUUUACCUCCGGUUAAUCACAAAGUCUCGGCGAGGCAAGCUGGGCAAUGCGGAAUCUUUGGAAAUAAUGAACUUCCUGGGCAGGAAAACGUGCUCACUCCCGAUUACUAACCAUUUCAUUCUCCUGUACCUUCUCAACGAGCUCGAGAUGUGUCACAAUGCACGCCGAGUGUCCCGAGACUACAUCCAAGACCUUGGCCAGGCCGUCUUUUCUAUUCCUCUGGAAUCUUCAGACAUCGGCGACGAUGUUGCUGGGUAG